ACCCUAGCUAGGGUUAGGCUAAAAGAGAACAUUCAUUUAACCGUGGUUAAAAUCUAACCCUAUUCCCUGGGUUUCUUUUUCACUCUAAAAAAAGAGUUUCUCUUCUUCGUCUUCUUCAUGGUGGUGGUGGUCUUCGAAAUUUUGUUAAUCAAAUCAAUUUUAUCUGGGGGUUAAAUUACAUUGUUAGUUCUGCUGGAAUAAAUGAUUUAUCUCAAAGAAAUUUAGUUUUUACGGAUUGAAUUCGGUUGUGUUUUGGCUGAGGAGAUUAGUUGUUGGUGAUGGUGGUGGGAGAAGAAGAUGAUGCCACUACUUCUGUGGAGAAAUUUGAAAUACCUGGUGGUCGUAAGUUCUGGAAGUCGGCAUCAUGGUCUGCAUCUAAGUCUCAGCAACAGGGGCCUGCAGUUUUUGAUAAUGUAAAAGAAGGUACUGAGAAGAAUAGUGGUCCGUUUAGACGGUUCCCUGUUCCACUAACUCCUCGGUCGCAGCAGAAUUGCAAGGCUAGAGCUUGUUUGCCUCCGUUGCAGCCGUUGUCGAUUGCUCGUAGAAGUUUAGAUGAAUGGCCGAGAGCUGGUUCAGAUGAUUUAGGAGAGUGGCAACCACCUACCCCCAGUGGUAAAGGUGAUUCAUUUAAGCUUAGAGAGGAUUUGAAGCUUGAUGUGUCUCAGUGCCAGAAGGUUCCAGAUCCGUCGGGAAGUCUUGCUAGUAGAGAUAGGAUUGCUUGCUUCGACAAAGAGUGUUCGAAGGUGGCGGACCACAUUUAUCUCGGAGGAGAUGCAGUUGCGAAGAACAGAGAUAUAUUGAGAAAAAAUGGUAUUACUCAUGUUCUUAAUUGUGUUGGUUUCGUUUGUCCUGAAUACUUCAAGGCAGACCUUGUGUACAAGACAUUGUGGUUGCAGGAUAGCCCUUCAGAGGACAUAACUAGCAUACUUUAUGAUGUCUUCGACUACUUUGAGGAUGUAAGAGAGCAAGGGGGAAGGGUUUUUGUUCAUUGUUGUCAAGGUGUUUCUCGUUCGACAUCUUUAGUGAUUGCAUAUUUGAUGUGGAGAGAAGGACAGAGCUUUGAUGAUGCUUUUCAGUUUGUGAAGGCAGCAAGACGGAUUGCUAACCCUAACAUGGGGUUUGCUUGCCAGUUGUUGCAGUGCCAAAAGAGGGUUCAUGCCAUUCCAUUGAGCCCCAGUUCUGUACUGAGGAUGUACAGGAUGGCUCCACACUCUCCUUAUGACCCUCUCCAUCUGGUCCCGAAAAUGUUGAACGAUCCUUCUCCAUCAGCUCUUGAUUCUAGAGGAGCAUUUAUAAUACACGUGCCUUCAGCAAUCUAUGUGUGGAUUGGUAAACGAUGUGAACCCAUCAUGGAAAGGGAUACCAAGGGAGCUGCAUAUCAGGUUGUUCGGUAUGAGAGAGUGCAGGGUCCAAUAGUUACAGUUGAGGAAGGUGAUGAACCAUUGGAAUUUUGGGAUGCUUUUUGCAACCUGGUGCCUUCUGUAAAUAAGUCCAACAACGGGGUGCAGCUGUGCAGUGAUCAGAUUGGGUCAGUGGUUAAGAAUUGUGCAGGUGAGAGAAAAGUGGAUCUAUAUAAUGUUGACUAUGAGCUUUUCCAAAAAGCAACUGCAGGGGGUUUUGUGCCUCCCUUUUCAUCAUCAGAAGCAGGGGAGGAAACCCUUCUUCCUGUACGCGAAAGUAAUUGGAGUGUGUUAAGGCGCAGAUUCGCUUCUGGAAAAAUGAAAGAGUUUGUCUCAGCUCCCAAGGUAUCCCUUUGUAGAAUCUGUUCCGACUCCAUUUUGAUAAAAGACACUGAUAGUCGUGUACAAAAACUUCUGCCGUUGCUUGCAGACUCAUCAACAUUAUCUUCACCAUCUUAUCACUCUCCAAAUUCUGUGUCAUCUGAUUCAAGCCCCAGUUCUAAAUUUAGUUCAGAAUCACCUUCACAAUCUCCUUCUACAUCGACAUGUUCUCUUACUCCAUCACCUGCUUCCUCUACCUCAUCAGACUUGUUACAUGUUUCUACCAACAAUUCUACCCACAAUGUAUGCAACAGUCCACGGGUUGCGAGUGUUGGUCAAUCUCCAAAAUCUGGUUCUCAAUCAGUUCUGUCACCGUCUAAAAGGUUUGCGCUUUCUCUUGCUGAACGAAGAGGUAAUUUGUCUCCUUCUCUGAAGUUUCCUUGCUCGAAGGAUGAUGCAUCCCUCUCGUCUAGAAGGUUAAAAAGCGCAUUUGCCAGUUCUCUUGUGAGUCUGCAAGAUGGUUUGGGGAGAAACAGCCAUCCCUGCUCCUUGGACAAGGCUUGCAACAAAGAAGAAGUCGCACAGUUUAAAGAAGGGUUUUCACGUGAAGUGGGAGAUGCAAUUCAAGGAAGCCAGUUGCAAAAUGGUUGGGAGUUGUCUGUUAAAGCUGAAUCAUUAGGCAAAGAUUCAGAAGUCCAUAGCACAAUUCAACCAUCCAUAUUUUGUUGGCCUAACUUAGAAAAGAUUGAAACAUUUGCAGUUAGCAAUUUGGAUUCAAAAUCUGCAUUUCUUUUCUUAGCUCCAAGUGUAGGUGUAAGCAAGAACACAGUUGGGAUACCUUAUUUAUGGAUAGGAAAAUUCUUCAAACAUGAUAACAGCCAAACUCAACUAACUGACAAAAUAGAUGUAGCCGAAGUAGAACAGGUUGACUGGAAUCAAGCUGGUUCGGACUUUCACAGUCUAAUAGAUCUUCCAAAGGAUGCCACCAUUAAGGUGGUUAAAGAGGAAGAGGAGCCAGCUGAAUUCCUUGAUCUGUUGUAUUCUUUGUAGCCUGCAGCAGAUGAGGAAUGAGUAUUUUGCACUGGCACUAAAUUUUCCCUAAUCCACAAGCUAUUUACGACAACAAUGUUUGUCAUGUAGCAAGAGCUGCACCUGACAUACUCAACAAUGGCACUCUGACGAGGAAGUAAUCUGUGGGAUGGCCCAAUUGUUGUACAGUAACCGUUUGGCCGCCUAUCACUGACUUAGAAUUAGUUUUUUCUUUCCCCUUGUAUACUGAACAUUUAGCUUCCUAUCAACGAGUAGAUAUAUUGGAUUUUCCUCCCACGAUUAACCUUGUUACGUGACUGUUGUCUGAGCAUGUGCAAGAGCACCCAAGUAUAAAGAAAGUUUAAAGAUAAAGCAGAAGCAUGCCUUCUCAACUUUCCUUCA